AGUCUCGAGUGCCGCGGGGGGGUGGGCGGAGGCUCCGUGGAAAUGUGUCGGUGACAUUGAAUGGGGAGACGGAGCGCGAGCGAGGCGCGCGCGCGCACACACGGCCCCGCUUGCUCCGAGAUCCCCGGCCACGGUGGAAAGACCAAAAUAAAAAAAGAAGAAAAGCCGUUGAUUUUUCUCCAAAACAAACCCCACCAGGCAAUUUGGGUUUAGGGCAGGGGAAGAAGGACUGGUUGCAAAUUAUCCCGAGGAAAGAUCCAGUUAUCCAGCAGGAAAGGAACGCCGCGGGGUGGCUGGGCUGGGGGAGCAUCCCCUUACAGCGCCCGGAGGACCCCCGGAAGCUCUCGCCUGGGAAAUCGGAGACUACAGACCUGCCCCCACUUCUUGCUUUAUUCGGAGGACUUUCUGCAGCGCGAGCGAGCGGCGGCAAUAUGAGCCUGUGCUGACCUCCGCCCGGUGGGCCAAGCCCUGGGCUUUGUCGCGGUACCUGCGCCUGGCCCGCGCAGCAACUCUGCCCAGCUUUUGCAGUCUUUUGUUGGCAGCUCUGACCGCUCUAAGUUAAAUACUCCCUUGCUAUUUUUUUUUUUGUCUGUUUGUUUAAAUUUUGGAGAUCUCUUGCGAUCUUGGAAAAGUCUCAGACGCCAUCUACAGUUAAAACGUAGGUAACUACUCUCUCCGGCAACCCCCCCCUUCCACGCCCCCCACCCUUUCCACCAAAAAAGGGGGUGCAGCGCGGAUUCUGUCUGCCGUGCGGCGCGAGCCGGUAGACCCGUGCUUAUUUCCUUUUUCUUUCUGUUUGGUUUCUAACGCUUUGAGACCCAACCGCCGCUGUGCGCUCCCCGUAGACUGGACAAACUACGGCAGGGCUCCUCCGCCCCGUCUGCGAUUCGGAAGCCUGCGUGGGGAUCGCUCCGGGAGACCCAGCGCGGCAGCUCCCCACCAUAGCAGUCCUGCUGCUCGUCUAGAUCCACGUUGGAAAGAGAGAGAGAGAAACUAAAAGUGCGGAGAUUCUGCAAAUCUCUGGCUCUGGGAUAACAAAAGGACCCGAGUUGCUGCCGACCGAAUACCCCCGGGAGCCGGGCUCGGCGCAGACAAGGUGCCCGGCGGCGCCCAUUCGGGGGGCUUCUAACUCUUCCUCCACAGAGCCCCCUUCCGUCCCCUCCACUCUCGUUCCCUUUUAAAUCCGUGGCACGGAGGCGCCUGCAGCAGCACUCGCCAGCGACUCGGCUCUCCAGCGGGUUUUGUGUUUGUCGAGUGCGAUCCCCACACUCAUGAACAUACACAGGUCUACCCCCAUCACAAUAGCAAGAUAUGGGAGAUCGCGGAACAAAACCCAGGAUUUCGAAGAGUUGUCGUCUAUAAGGUCCGCCGAGCCCAGCCAGAGUUUCAGCCCGAACCUCGGCUCCCCGAGCCCGCCGGAGACUCCGAACUUGUCGCAUUGCGUUUCUUGCAUCGGGAAAUACUUACUGUUGGAACCUCUGGAGGGAGACCACGUUUUUCGUGCCGUGCAUCUGCACAGUGGAGAGGAGCUGGUGUGCAAGGUGUUUGAUAUCAGCUGCUACCAGGAGUCCCUGGCCCCAUGCUUUUGCCUGUCCGCCCAUAGCAACAUCAACCAAAUCACCGAAAUUAUCCUGGGGGAGACCAAGGCCUAUGCGUUCUUUGAGCGAAGCUAUGGGGACAUGCAUUCCUUUGUCCGCACCUGCAAGAAGCUGAGGGAGGAGGAGGCAGCCAGGCUCUUCUACCAGAUCGCCUCGGCGGUGGCCCACUGCCACGACGGGGGGCUGGUGCUGCGGGAUCUCAAGCUGCGGAAAUUCAUCUUUAAGGACGAAGAAAGGACUCGGGUCAAGCUGGAAAGCCUGGAGGACGCCUACAUUCUGCGGGGAGGCGACGACUCCCUCUCCGACAAGCAUGGCUGCCCCGCGUACGUGAGCCCGGAGAUCCUGAACACCAGUGGCAGCUACUCGGGCAAAGCGGCCGACGUGUGGAGCCUGGGCGUGAUGCUCUACACCAUGCUGGUAGGGCGGUACCCUUUCCAUGACAUUGAGCCCAGUUCCCUGUUCAGCAAGAUCCGGCGUGGCCAGUUCAACAUUCCAGAGACCCUGUCACCCAAGGCCAAGUGCCUCAUCCGAAGCAUCCUGCGGCGGGAGCCCUCAGAGCGGCUGACCUCGCAGGAAAUUCUGGACCAUCCUUGGUUUUCUACAGAUUUUAGCGUCUCGAAUUCAGGAUAUGGUGCUAAGGAAGUGUCUGAUCAGCUGGUGCCGGACGUCAACAUGGAAGAGAACUUGGACCCUUUCUUUAACUGAGCUCAUGCCUCGCGGGGACCGAGCAAGUACCAGGAGUGGGAGGGGAGCAGAAGGGAGUUCUUCCAGGAAACACUUAUCACCUGGCGUGGCAGCAAGGACACUGACACUCACACGUUUCUUGGUUCAAAGAAGGGAAACCUUCAAGGAGCUGACUGAACAUGUAGCAUGGGGACAAGAGUUAUGGGACAGGGGUCGGGACCUGGGUCUGGUUGGCUGGAUGGGAGCCUCCUGAAGCUUCUCCUCCUUGAUGUAGACCCUGGAGGCCACCCAUCAGUUGGGCCGCUUCCACCUACCCCACUUUCCGUUUUGUUCAAAAAUAGCUGCAGACCCUGACAGACAGAAUCAGAACUCUCUGCCUCAAACACACAUCUUGGCAUCGCACUGUUAGCGUUUAACUUCUUGUUAUGAUUCAGGGAAGGUACAAUUGGCCAAGGAUUUUUUUUUUUUUCUGUUUCAAAUAAGCCAACCACCUGUCUGAUAAUUAAUGGGGUUCAUUAAAAAAAAAAAAAUUCGGUGCACACAGACUGACGUGAAACCUGGGUGCUAAACUAAAAGAAAAUAAAAAUCCAGUUUGUGUCUCUUAAUUGCGCUCUUCAACUCAUUUCUUCGAAAUAAACCAUUUAAUAGCCUGGUCAGGAAAUGACAGGUCAAUGCUUUGCUCCCUGAAGUGGGGG